AUGCUGAAGGAUGACCACAAUGAAGGAGAAGCCUUUUGUUAUAUAGAUUCUCCUAGAAGCAGAGUUGUGGAAGAUGUGUGGCAAGAUCCUGAUGAAAAUGGUUCUGGAUUAACAGAAGGUUCUGAAACCGAAGAAGAUGUUGGGUUUCUUUCUGAUGAAGAUAUCGAAAUUAAUGGCCAACAAAUUUUCGAAGAUUCAUUGCGUUUGAGCUCUUUUGAUUUACAUUUGCAUCAUAGCUUAUCCAAAGAAGAAAUUGACAGCCAAAGUAACAAGAAGUUUAGCUGGGAGACUCCAGCUGUUGGUUUGACAAAUUGCAAGUGGACAGGAACUGGAGAGAAUAUUAUGGAGGAUUUGGAUAUCAAUUCUUGUCAUGGUCUCAAAGCAAAGUUGUCCGAGCAUUGGAUGGAUGUCUACAAGACAUCUGGGGGCAAAGAUAUCAGCAGCAGCUACCGGGAUAUACUGUACUGUAACAAGAGGCCUUUCUAUCUCAAAGGCCUUGAAGAUGCAAGCAUUAUGGAUGCUUACAUAAUGCAUUCUCUCAAUCAUGUCUUCAGAACUAGAGACACUGUGAAAAAAAAUGAUGCCAAACUGACCAAGCUUAAAGAGAAUACUGAUAGUGAUAAAUUUCGAGAUCAAGGUUUUACUCGUCCUAAGGUUUUAAUAUUAUUGCCAUUGGCAAGUAUUGUGUACCGUGUUGUAAAGAGGCUUAUACAUCUUACACCUUCAGCUUUCAAGGUCAAUGUUGAACAUAUGGAUCGUUUUUCCACUAAAUUUGGAGGUGAAGAACGUAAGGGUGAUAUAGAAAAUGGUGAAGAAUCUGAAAAUGCAAAACCUAAUAAAUCUUCCAAAGCAUCUGACUUUCAAAUACUUUUUGGUGGCAAUAAUGAUGAUGACUUUAUGAUUGGCAUCAAAUUCACUAGGAAGACAAUCAAGUUGUUCAGUGAUUUUCAUACCUCUGACAUUAUUAUUGCUUCACCACUUUGCUUGGUUAAUGCUCAUGAAGCAUUGACACUGUUGGCUUUUUCAGUGUUUUCUACCAACUUUACUGAGAUGAAAAUCGAAGAGGCUAGCAGUAAUAAGGAAAAAGAUGUAGAUUUUCUUUCAUCCAUAGAGGUUCUGAUUAUUGAUCAUGCAGAUGUAAUAUCAAUGCAGAAUUGGUCUCAUGUGCAUACGGUUAUGGAACACUUGAACCGCUUACCUUCUAAGCAGCCUGGAACUGAUGUAAUGCGCAUUAGACCUUGUAAAUGGGUCAGAUCCUUUUCUGAAAUGGUUAAACUUAUGCUCCAUUGCACCUUCUUAUAUGGGGUGCUGAGUUAUGACUUGACUUUGCCGAUUUAUGAACGAUUUAAUGUAGACUCAAUAGUAGAAGCUGAUGAUGCCCGUUUUGAUUAUUUUGUUAAAAAGGUUUUCCCCAGGAUAAAAGAUUUAGAUCAGGGAGGGACAAUGUUAUUUACCAAUUCUUACUUCGAAUUUAUUCGAAUCCGGAAUUUCUUGAAGUCACAGAAUGCCUCAUUUUGUCUGCUUGGGGAGUAUACAACCCAAAGUGAUAUUUCUCGUGCACGUCUUUGGUUCUAUGAAGGAAGUAGAAAAGUUAUGCUCUACACUGAGAGAUCUCAUUUUUACCACAGAUAUAAGAUUCGUGGGGUUCAAAAUUUAAUCAUUUAUUCACUCCCAGAGAGGAAGGAAUUUUACCCUGAGAUUGUGAAUAUGCUGGAUGGGUCUAAUAAUAUGACUUGCACAGUCCUUUAUUCCUGCCUUGACAAGUUUCGGCUGGAAAGAAUUGUUGGAACUACUCCAGCCAAAAGGAUGGUGGCUGCGGAGAAAGGUGUUUUUGUUUUCUGUCAUUAG